GUACGGACUUUUCUUAAUGGUCGGCUUUCUCCAUUAUGCGGAGGGGGUUGCUUUCAGUUCCAUCCUUCCUGGCAUUCACAUGCUGCGGUUGCUGUUCCUGUGUUUUUUUUUUUUUUUGAUUCAUCCUGGCGUGCACAUGUGGCUGCUGUUUUGCCGCUGUCUGGCAAUCGACCUGUGUUUGGCCGAGUGUAUCUCUCUUGUCCAUCUUAAAGUAGAAAAGAGCGGGCGGGCGCACGUGACAGCUGGGGACUGUUGGGGGCUGCUGGUGUUGCUUUGCUUGCCGCCGCGCGGAUGCGCGGGGAUGUUGUACCUGUGCUGCUUCGUGGAUGCGGGGCGGUUAUUCCUGGUGGUCUUUGCGCGUUAGACUUUGGGUCUGAGCGCCCGUUGAAAAGAGACGGAGGAAGAAUCGGAAAGAGAGUAUUUUGGCAUGCGAGCAGCAAGCAGCGGGAACAAGGAACAAGUCGUUGGCUUUGCGACCGGUCGGCGCUACUGUGCCCCUCCUUGCAAUAGGGAAGGAGGGAAUUGCUAUGCAUUCGUCGCUGAUGUGUCUUUGCGAAUCGUGUCAGUGGAAAGGUCGUUGUCUUUUCGACCGGUCGUCGCCGCCGUCUUUCUUUGCGACCGGAGUACCGUGCCGUGUGCUUCCUUGCAAGGGGCAAGGAGAAAUUGCCACGCUUUCGUCGAUGCCGUGUUUCUUUGCGACCGACUCUCUGUAGAGGUCGUUGUGUCUGCGACCGGUCGUCGCCCCCCGCCUUUCUUUGGGACUUCCGUAUGACUGGUGGAUUUGUCUGCACAUCGCUGUAUGGUCGUCAGUGAGAGGGGUCCGGCACCGUUCUUGCCCUUGUCGUCCUUGGAUUCCGCACACUGUGCUAGCUUCCAACAUUUGUGAGGAAAGUGCGUUUUCUCAUGUGUUGGCAGUGAUUCUCAGUCGGCGUGUAUUAGAUUCUUGCGGGGAGAGAGAGAGAGAGAGAGAGAGAGAGAGAGAGAGGUUGCAGUGGGAGGCCUUUUGCCUACCUUGCGUAGCAGCUAUUGUUGUAGAAGUGAGACGGGGAGAGGGGAGGAGGGGGGGGGAGGGAUUAAGCGGUGUGCGAAAUACAGUCCUUGGCGUUCGUUGGGUUGGUGGCAGCCUAUUGAAUUCUGAACCUUUGAGAAGGAGAAGAGGGAGGAGAGAAUUUAUUUUAUUCAUGUUCUUCAGACUUAUCCUUGGUGGCUUGUGAAGAAGGAUAAUAUAGGAUUAGCGAGAAACACCUACGUGCGCAGAACCUUGAACUCCAUCUCUGGAUGCUCUACUUUAUAAACUCGUGUCUGGUACACCCUGGCCUAGAACAUGUCGAUACAUGGAUUUCGGGCAAGGAGGACAGUGUAGUCGGAGUCGAAAGAACGAUAUGUCCGUGGUAGGUCGGACAGAGUGAAUCUCUGAGAGCAGAGAGGAGGGACUGCCCGACUAUCAUGCAUGCGUAUGGGUUUUCUUGUAUGGGAAUAAAAGCGAGUAAAGGCGAGAGAGGCGGGGCGGCGCCUUUUGGCGCGCAGUGUUGCCAGAAGAGGUCUUGAGGGAGAGAUGAGCAUGUGAGCUAUCCCAAUUCUACUUUCCUGAAGUGGUAAGUCUUGAAGUUUUUUGUUGCCUGUACGUUUCUGAGAGAACGGACAAUUUACAAAUGGGUUGGCGCGGGAACUGCAAGAAAACGCUCCCGAGCGGGCUUGGUCUCGCGUUUUUUGGCGGGAAAAGUGGAUAUGGACCGCUUCCUCGCUUUUUUUUGCCGGAAAACUGGAUAAGGACCGCUUCCUCGCUUUUUUUGGCGGGAAAACUGGAUAUGGACGGCUUCCUCGCUUUUUUCGGCGGGAAAACUGGAUAUGGACCGCUUUCUCGCUUUUUUUGGCGGGGAGAUUUGUUACGGACUGCCGUUGGCUGAUCGAUUGGGAUGGACUUACCGACUCAAUCAUUCGACUCGACAUGUGGCAAAGAUGUCUGAACUGGUUUUCCAGAGAUGUAAGGAACCGUCCUCCACGGUUCGGGUGCUGCGGUUAGCCCUCGUCGCCGUCUCUCUCUCUGACGUAUCAGCCCCUUCUCGCCCUCCUCGCCCUCUUCCCCUCCCCCUCCCCCUCCCCCUCCCUUCAAUUUUCGCCUCUGUCCACCCACAGGCCGUAUGCGUCUUCGUGUCCUCUCUCGCGUCAUCGAACGCAUCUGGCAUGUUCUAUUUCCUUUCGGGCAAAGCAUCCUUUCGUGAUCCUUUUACGUGGGGACUUUGCUUUCUUGUGUAGAGAGAGAGAGAGAGAGAGUUGAGUGCAAGCUGCGCUUUAUUAAUUGGGGGUUAAGUGUUGGAAAUACUUAGGGAGUUUCAUUUAUUGUCAACAAGGUAGGGAAGUAUGAAGAAGGCGACGGGAGAGUAAAGGAAGAAGAAAGAAGAGGCGGGCAAAGCAUUGGGUCGGAGUUAGGGGCCGCGUGGUCGGGGGGAGAGAGGGGAGGGGGGGAAGGAGCGCGGAGGUGGAAGCGAUUUGACGUCCUCCCGUAUCGAGCAUUAAAUUGCUUUGGUAGAUUGGUUUUUGUUGCUACUUUGUCGUGUCCUCUUUUUUCCGGAGGCACUGUUUUAAAUUACUUUGGGCAUAGUCUUAAAGCAUCUUUGGUAAAUAAUUCCCGGUGGUUUUUUACCAUGGCUGGUGAGUGGACGAGUAACAGGCGAUGUAAACUGCCCGGCGCCUUUUCGUCUCGUAGAUGAUCAUAUGUUCAGGCCCCCAGAAUCUCAGAGUACCAAUUUUUUCU